CUCCCUCACUCGCCGCGCGCUCGCCUCCUCGCUAGAUGGUGUGCGAGCCGCCCGAGAAUCAGACACGCUCCGGACUCGGCCAAAAGCAACCGAGAGGAGGUGUAGUGUGGUGCCAGGGGGUGGGAGGGGAGGGAGGGAGGGACAGCGAAGAGGAAAAGGCGGGGAGGCAAAAAAGAGAGAGAAAAACAACACCCAACAACUAGAGAGGGGAAAGAACGAAAGAAAAGAAACCCACCCAUCCACAAAAAAAAAAAAAAAGAAAGAAAAGAAAAGAAAAAAAAUCCUGUGGCGCGCCGCCUGGUUCCCGGGAAGACGCCAGCACCAGGGGGUGGGGGAGUGCGAGCUGAAAGCUUCUGGAGAGUGAGCAGCCCUAGCAGGGAUGGACAUGAUGCUGUUGGUGCAGGGUGCUUGUUGCUCGAACCAGUGGCUGGCGGCGGUGCUCCUCAGCCUGUGCUGCCUCCUGCCCUCCUGCCUCCCGGCUGGACAGAGUGUGGACUUUCCCUGGGCGGCCGUGGACAACAUGAUGGUCAGAAAAGGGGACACGGCGGUGCUUAGGUGUUAUUUGGAAGAUGGAGCUUCAAAGGGUGCCUGGCUGAACCGGUCAAGUAUUAUUUUUGCGGGAGGUGAUAAGUGGUCCGUGGAUCCUCGAGUUUCAAUUUCAACAUUGAAUAAAAGGGACUACAGCCUCCAGAUACAAAAUGUGGAUGUGACAGAUGAUGGCCCAUACACGUGCUCUGUUCAGACUCAACAUACGCCGAGAACAAUGCAGGUGCAUCUAACUGUGCAAGUUCCUCCGAAGAUAUAUGACAUCUCAAGUGAUAUGACCAUCAAUGAAGGAACCAAUGUCACCCUAAUUUGUUUGGCCACUGGGAAACCAGAGCCUACCAUUUCUUGGCGGCACAUCUCCCCGUCAGCCAAACCAUUUGAAAACGGACAGUAUUUGGACAUUUAUGGAAUCACCAGGGACCAGGCUGGAGAAUAUGAAUGCAGUGCAGAAAACGAUGUGUCAUUCCCGGAUGUGAAGAAAGUAAAAAUUGUCGUAAACUUUGCUCCUACCAUCCAGGAAAUUAAAUCCGGUACCGUGGCCCCCGGACGCAGUGGAUUGAUAAGAUGUGAAGGUGCAGGUGUGCCGCCUCCAGCCUUCGAAUGGUACAAAGGAGAAAAGAAGCUCUUCAAUGGCCAACAAGGAAUUAUCAUUCAAAAUUUUAGCACAAGAUCUAUUCUCACCGUUACCAAUGUGACACAGGAGCACUUCGGGAACUAUACUUGUGUGGCUGCCAACAAGCUAGGCACAACCAAUGCGAGCCUGCCUCUCAACCCUCCAAGUACAGCCCAGUAUGGAAUUACCGGCAGCGCCGACGUUCUUAUCUCCUGCUGGUACCUUGUGUUGACACUGUCCUCUUUCACCAGCAUAUUCCACCUGAAGAAUGCCAUUCUACAAUAAGUGUAAAGACCCAUAAAAGGCUCUUAAGAAUUCUCCGAAAGUGCUGAUGGCUGGGUCCAAUCUGGUACCGUUUGUGAAAAGCAGCGUGGGAUGUAAUCGGCAGUGCUUACAAGGGGAUGAUCGCCUUCUGUAGAAUUGCCCAUUAUGUAAAUACUUUAAUUCUAUUCUUUUUUUGAUUAGCUACAUUACCUUGUGAAGCAGUACACAUUGUCCUUUUUUUAAGAUGUGAAGGCUCUGAAAUUACUUUUAGAGGAUAUUAAUUGUGAUUUCAUGUUUGUAAUCUACAACUUUUCAAAAGCAUUCAGUCAUGGUCUGCUAGGUUGCAGGCUGUAGUUUACAAAAACGAAUAUUGCAGUGAAUAUGUGAUUCUUUAAGGCUGCAAUACAAGCAUUCAUUUCCCUGUUUCAAUAAGAAUCAAUCCGCAUUUACAAAGAUGCAUUUUUUCUCUUUUGAUAAAAAAAAAAAAGCAAAUAGUAUUGCCUUCAGAUCAUUUCUUCAAAACACACACAUAUCUAGAUUUUUCUGCUCGCAUGAUAUUCAGGUUUCAGGAAUGAGCCUUGUAAUAUAACUGGCUGUGCAGCUCUGCUUCUCUUUCCUGUAAGUUCAGCAUGGGUGUGCCUUCAUGAAGUAUUUCUCUCUUUGCCUUCAACUAAUAAAAACAUAUUGCCAAACCCUACAAUUGAAGACAAAAAUAAACUAUAAUGAUAAAGUUAAACCAUAUCCGAUCUCUAAAGAGUAAAGUAGCUAUAGGACUGUAAAAAUCCCUUCAUUACCAGUGGGGUUUGUGAAAUUUGCCCCACAAUAACUCAAUUUUGUGAUAAAAAACAAUUUAAUUAACAUAAUACAGGUAACUUUGACAUAUGAUUUAUUUCAAUGUAGCUAAAUAUUAGACCCACUUUGGGAAAUAAUUCCCUUUAAAAUGGCAGCACAGUCCAGCCAAUAGAUUGCCCAGCAAUCCACCUUUUCCUUUCACCAUUCCAAGCCAAAUUGCUAGGAUGGUUUUUCAGAAAGGACACAAAUUCCAAUCACCUAAUAUUACCUGACUUGGUAAGCACUCAAAAUUAAUUUGGUUCCAUGGCAGGAGAGGUGGUAUGAGAAGGUGCUCCUGUUGACUGGAGCAUUUUGCAUAUUUUUCAUCUGAAAACAUCAUUCAGUUGAUAGUUUGGGAUGCAUGUUAUAUAAAACAAUUGUUCAAAAUAUAUUACAACAAAUGUUUCAUGCUGGUCUGCAGCACAUCAAUCCCUAAAAUAACUAAUUCUGUAAUAAAUUCUGUAAUAAUUCUCUAUAGCCAUGUCAACCCAAACAAGUAAGGCCAAGAAAAAAAUAUUGCCAUGCUUUAUCUUUUUCUUACAUGGUAUAAGGAUGAUAUGAUCAAAUGAAGACAAGACCAGUGAUGAGAAUAUCUUAAGAUAUUAACUAUUAAAUUAUCAUAAGUAUUAAAUUAUAUCACAGUGAAAACUACAUUUUUUAAGGAAAAUGCUGUUACUUUAAGAAGUAGUUUAUAUUACAGGAAUAGUUUGAUGGUUUUAUUCUUUACUAAAAAAAGGCCAUAGCCUUGAAAGUCAUUUUACAAGUUUGAUAAAGUUACCAAUUUCAUUACACCAACAGAGAUUUCUGCAAAUAGUCAGUCCCCUUUGCAAGCCAUAAAAACACCAAAAACUUACUAAUAAAGAUAAAUACAGGAAAUUCCAUAGAAAUUAUACAUAUUUAGGAUAUCUAAUAUUUUUUCCCAGAAAGAAAUAACUUGGAAAUUGUGUUUUUUUUUCCAAGUAAAAUUAGUCCCAAAGUACACCAUAAAUCUAUUUUAAUUAGAAAAAUGAAUCCUAAAUGAGGAGGCAUAUAUAUACAAUGUUUGCACAAAAUGGCAAUAACAUGGCAUGAUGCUAUUAAAUUUACUCACUAAUAAUUUAUUACAUUAUUUUGACUGAUGUAUUAAAAAUGUUCUCUUAAAUACAUACAGCAUUCUAACUUUGAUUAUUAUUGACCUGGUUUUUUUAAAAUAUCCUUUGUGGAAUUUGGGAGCAAAUUACAAAGUUUUUUUUUGGUUUUGGUUUUUGUUUUGUUUUUUUGUAUUGCAGCUUUAAAGUGGCACACUCCAUAAUAAUCUACUUACUAGAAAUAGUGGUGCUACCACAAAAGUGUUAACCAUCAGUAUCAUUGUUUGGG